AUGAUGUGCCACAACAAAUUUCGUGCAUGGCUUGAAAUACCUCCCUGUGGUACUUUAGAUAUUUUACUACUUGGUAAAUCCAAAUUUGGUCUGAACAUAAUUGAUAUAUCGGCGAAAUUCACACAAUGUCAAGUUGUUUUAAGAAGCAAGUUGAAAAACUCAAGUUUUCCUGACAUUCGGCAAGCGUACAAGGCCAGUAGUACAAAUACUAAUGUUCAGUACGAUCGUUAUCUCAAGCCGAAGGAAGUUAUUCAAGAAAUCCGGACAGAAAAAGUUGCAAACAUCACACAUUAUUUAACUUUGCAAAGUUAA